GAUGGAGCGCGGCAUGCCGCGAGGACUGUCAGCUUCUUCCAGGAAAGAAAAAGCCGAAAUAAAUAGCAAAGGGGCACAGCUUCGGCACUUCGCGUACGCUCCUGGCGAGAAACGUCAUCGACUCCCUGCAUCGGCUGCUAACUUAUUUCCGCCGCCUUAGUGCACGGCGCCAGUCGGUGAUAAAAUUUCUCCAAGUUUGUGUCUCCAAGCAGCGGAUUUUCACGAUGAGCGGACACGACGUCGUAAUCGUCUCGGCAGUAAGAACACCCAUAGGUUCCUUUUGUGGGUCAUUGUCAUCGUUGAAGGCGUCGGACUUAGGAAGCAUCGUUAUCAAAGAGAGCCUUACGAGAGCAAAGUUGAAACCUGCGGAAGUCUCAGAAGUGAUACUAGGGCAGGCACUCACCGCAGCACAGGGGCAAAAUCCCGCAAGACAGGCAGCCAUAAAAGCAGGACUCCCUAUUUCUGUACCUGCUUACAUAGUCAAUAUGCUUUGUGGGUCUGGUUUGAAAGCAGUUGUAAAUGGAUACCUGUCGAUAAAGUCCGGUGAAAGUGAGGUAGUUGUAGCUGGUGGUCAAGAAAGUAUGAGUCAAGCUCCUCAUGCCAUUCACUUGAGAAAUGGAGUAAAAAUGGGAGAUGGUACCAUGAUCGAUACCAUGAUUUUUGAUGGCCUUACAGAUGCAUUUACUGGCGUUCAUAUGGGUGUCACGGCGGAAAAUAUAGCAAAGUCAUUCUCAAUAAGUAGAGAAGAACAGGAUGAAUUUGCAGCUAAAUCCCAACAAAAGGCAGAGUUAGCUAUUUCUGCUGGAUACUUUGAGAAAGAAAUCGUUCCCGUUUCCGUAUCCAAUAGAAAGGAAUCGAUUACCAUUACUAAGGAUGAAUUUCCAAGACCUAAUACUACCAUUGAAGGCCUUAAAAAACUGAAACCUGUAUUUAUUAAGACUGAAGGAACGGUAACUGCUGGUAAUGCAUCAGGGGUAAAUGAUGGAGCUGCAGUUGUUGUUCUUAUGUCAUCAAAAGUAGCUGUUGAUAAAGGGUUAAUGCCAAUAGCAAAAAUUGUUGCAAUUGCGGAAGCUGGUGUCGAACCUGAUAUAAUGGGAACUGGAACCAUCCCAGCUGUCAAAUUAGCUUUACAAAAAGCAAACUGGUCGAAGGAUGAUGUCGACCUGUAUGAGCUGAACGAGGCAUUUGCUGCUCAGUCACUUGCUUGUAUUCGAGAACUCGGUUUAGAUCCUGAAAAAGUCAAUGCCAACGGUGGUGCUAUUGCUCUAGGUCACCCAAUAGGUGCUUCAGGAGCAAGAGUUUUAGUUACAUUACUGUAUUUGCUUAAACGAACGGGUGGAAGGAAAGGUGUUGCCUCAUUGUGCAUAGGUGGAGGCAUGGGUAUUGCUGUUGCACUUGAAAGAUUAUAACAAAUAAUGAACUUAUUUGUUGUUAGACAUUUAGCGGUAUGAUUUUAUACUGGUCAAUUAUGCUUCAGUAUCAGAAAAGCCAGUCAUAAGAAACUUAUCCUUUCUUCAGUUUUUUUUCACGACGUAAAUGUAAAUUGAACCACUGCGGUAUUAUCCAAACCACAAGUGUAUUUAUCUAUCUAUUUAUUUUAUACGACUUUAUUAAGUUACUUAAUUCGUGAACGUACAAAUUAAUAUUUCUCUUUUAAACCAGUAUUGAAAAAAAUGACAAUGAUAGACCUUUUUUAUCAGCUGAUCAAUGACUUACGUUCCUUAAAUUCAAACAAAUAGUACCGGUAGAAUUUGUACACUGUGCUUGAAUGUAGUUUGCGUAUAUUAUACCGUUCAGCAUUUUAACUAUUUUGUAAACAUUGAGAAAGAUUUAACAAUGUUUUUUAUU